GUUGUGGAGCAUGAUCACAUUAAAACGCGGAUGCAAUCUAGCUAAUAAGUAAGACGACUGCAUUGCUGUUUGGCUAGGUAGAACACACUCCGGCGUGGGUGCAUUUUCAUGGAAGACUCUGACCAGCUAUUUUCCGGAAUGCCCAUGACGGGCAUGCUGGACUCGGAUCCCGCAGGAAGCUUCGGCUCGCUCGGCAUGGACGGCAUUGACCAUGGCUAUCUGUCAGACUCCCUUCUGUCCGCCCCCGUUCUGAUCGAGGCCUCCGAUGCUGCCAACAGCCCUGUACCUGACCCCGUGACCAGCCUGCUGGAGGAAGGGCAGGACCAGGAAGAGCAGUCAGAACAGCAUGACCCAGUUCAACAGCUUGAUCCCUUGGAUCAAAACCCGGUGCAGCCGCUGGAACCUAUAGGACAGGAUCUUCUAGAACAGUCUGAACCCUUCAAACAGGACCCGCUACAGCUCCAGGAGCCAUUAGAAUGUGAUGGCACAGGGAAUUUGGAAACCUCAGAGCAGGAGCAGGAGCAGGUAUGUCAUUCAGAAACAUCACAGCAGGACGAGCAGGAGUGUUCAGAGCCUGUGGAAAAGGAUGUGGCGGAACAAUCAGAACCACCAGUAGAAGCUCCGCCACAGCCGCCAGAGUCCCCGGAACCAGGCAGCCCGACGAACAUGGAGCUGGAGGACACAUCGAAGGACGGCGUGGAGGAGGACCCUGCCCUCCUGGAGGUCCCGUUCCCCGCGGAGUUCGAGAAGUACUACAAAGUAGUGGAGGAGAACCCUGAAGACUUCACAGGGUGGACGUACCUGCUGCAGUAUGUGCAGCAGGAGAAUCACAUAGGGGCUGUCAGGAAGGCCUUUGACUCCUUCUUCUUGCGGUACCCCUACUGCUACGGCUAUUGGAAGAAGUAUGCAGACAUUGAGAUGAGGCUCGACAGUCCACAAAUGGCAGAUGAGGUGUACCGCCGCGGACUGCAGGCCAUCCCCCUCAGCGUCGACCUGUGGCUGCACUUCAUUGCCUUCCUGAAGGAGACCGCGGACGCCAGCGACAGCACCGCAGAGACCCGCAUUCGAGCGGCGUACGAACACGCGGUGCUGGCCGCGGGCACCGACUUCCGCUCCGACCGCCUCUGGGAGUCCUACGUCAACUGGGAGGCGGAGCUGGGCAACCUGGCUAGCGUCACGGCCAUCUACGACCGCGUCCUUGGGAUCCCCACCCAGCUCUACAGCCAGCACUUCCAGAGGUUCAGGGAGCACGUGCAGAAUAACCUGCCGAAGAACUUCCUGUCUCAGGAGGAGUUUGUCCAGUUGCGGAUGGAGCUGGCCACUGCGGCCGGGCUUGGUGGGGAAGAAGCGACCCCCGCUGAAGACCUGCCAGAAGGCACGGAGGACCUCCCCGAUCCCGCAAAGCGCGUGACUGAGAUCGAGAACAUGCGGCACAGGGUGAUGGAGGCUCGACAGGAAGUGUUCAAUUACAACGAGCACGAGGUCAGCAAACGCUGGACCUUCGAGGAGGGGAUAAAGCGCCCUUACUUCCACGUGAAGGCGCUGGAGAAGACGCAGCUCAGCAACUGGAAGGAGUACCUGGACUUCGAAAUCGAGAACGGGACGCCGGAGCGCGUGGUGGUGCUGUUCGAGCGAUGCCUGGUGGCCUGCGCCCUCUACGAGGAGUUCUGGAUCAAGUACGCAAAGUACUUAGAAAACUACAGCAUCGAAGGCGUGAGGCACGUUUACAAGAAGGCGUGCACCAUUCACCUUCCCAAGAAACCCAACCUUCACCUGCUGUGGGCCGGGUUCGAGGAGCAGCAGGGCAAUAUCGAGGAGGCCCGAGGGAUCCUCAAGGCCCUGGAAGAGGCGGUGCCGGGCCUGGCCAUGGUGCGCCUCCGCCGGGUCAGCCUGGAGCGUCGCCAUGGCAACCUGGAGGAGGCAGAGUCGCUGCUGCGGGACGCUAUUGGCAAUGGGAAGAACGCCAGCGAGUCGUCCUUCUACUCCAUCAAGCUGGCCCGGCAGCUGCUCAAGGUGCAGAAGAGCCUGCAGAAGGCCAGGAAGGUGCUGCUGGAGGCCAUCGAGAGGGACAAGAUGAGUCCGAAGCUGUACCUGAACCUGCUGGAGCUGGAGUACAGCGGCGACGUGCGGCAGAAUGAGGAGCAGAUCCUGUCGUGCUUCGACCGGGCCCUCAGCAGCCCCCUGCCCCUGGAGGCCCGCCUCGCCUUCUCCCAGCGCAAGGUCGAGUUCCUCGAGGACUUCGGCAGCGACAUCAACAUGCUGGUUUCUGCGUACGAGGAACAUCAAAAGCUUUCGCAGGCACAUGAAUCCACAAAACGCAAAGCUGAAAACGGCUCCCAGGAGCCGGAGCCGAAGAGACAGCGCUCGGAGGACCCCUCCAUGGCCUCGGGACACAUGAUGCCAGACAUGCCGCCAAACCACUCGGCAUACAAUUACAACUAUAACUGGUAUCAGCAAUACAACUACCAGAACCCAUGGGGCUAUGGACAGUACUACCCCCCUCCCCCCACGUGAUGCUGCAGUCCAGGUCAUCUUUGUCAACUUUUAAACCAUGAGUGACAACCCCCC